UCCGCUGUUUAUCGAAAUCGAAACCCUCGCCUUGCUCACGGAAUCAAUUAGUUUUAGGAAUUGUGGCAGAAUUUAUUGCUCGUGAAUGAUUCUGUGUGUUUAUGCAUUUAAAUUUAUCCGUAUGUUUGAGUUUCAAAAGCAGAAUCCCUAGAUCUGUUGACGCCGCUGCACCUUCUUCGUCCUCCACUGGCGCCCUUGCAUUCAUUCACUCCGAUUCUGUCCGCCUCCAUCCCCAUCAAUCGCCGCCAACGCAAAGCAACACAAAAUAUAAGUAUCUAUUUGGGAUAGUAUCAGUUGCAUGCAAGAGGAGACGAAGCUACCUCUGAUGGCAGUUGGUGAUCGCCAAUUACUUUCAAGAGCUAGGAGCGUAUCAAACUGAGUGGAAUUUGGUUAAAAGUUUUCGAGAAUGGCUCAGCAGUCGUCGCGGCUUCAUCGGCUGCUCACUUUGGUAGACACGGGUUCAACCCAGGCUACAAGGUUUUCUGCAGCAAGGCAGAUAGGGGAAAUUGCCAAAUCACAUCCUCAGGACCUGAAUGCUCUUUUGAGUAAGGUGUCACAGUAUCUACGUAGUAAAAAGUGGGAUACCAGGGUUGCAGCUGCACAUGCCAUAGGGGCUAUUGCAGAGAAUGUCAAACAUACAUCUGUGACUGAACUUUCCAGCUCUGUUGAUGCAAAAAUGUUGGAAGCUGGGAUAUCUGCCACCUUUGAUGAUGUGGUGGCUUUGCCCAACUGGCAUUCUAGAACUGGAGCUGGCACUUCUUUUGGAAGUUUUGAUCUUAACAAAGUGUUGGAGUUUGGGGCUUUGGUGGCGUCUGGGGGCCAGGAAUAUGAUAUUGCAAGUGACAAUUGCAAGAACCCAAAGGAACGACUGGCUCGGCAAAAACAAAAUCUUAAGCGUCGGUUGGGUCUAGACGUCUGUGAGGAGUUCAUGGAUGUUAAUGAUGUCAUAAGAGACGAGGACCUUAUUGAGCAAAAAGUUGCGUACCCUGGGAAUGGUACUGCGUUUCAGUAUUUCUCCUCACAACGCUCACAUAACAUCCAAAAAUUUGUGACAACCAUGGUGCCCACAUCCAGAUCCAGAAGGCCCAGUGCAAGGGAAUUAAAUCUCUUGAAACGGAAAGCCAAAAUUAAUUCAAAAGACCAGUCAAAAGGAUGGUCGAAAGACGGGGAUACAGAGGUGACACCUUCACAUGAUAUGGUAUCACCAAAGAGCAUUCCUGUUGACACGUCAAGCUCAUAUAAGCAACUUACAGAUGUAAUCUCUGAUGAGGAGAGUUUUGAAAUCGAUGGAGAUGGGGGUUGGCCUUUCCAAACUUUUGUCGAACAACUCCUUGUGGAUAUGUUUGAUCCUGUUUGGGAGGUUCGCCAUGGUAGUAUUAUGGCUCUUAGGGAGAUAUUAACCUAUCAAGGAGCGAAUGCGGGGAUCCUUAUGCCUGAAGUGAGCCGCCAUAGUUUGCCUGUUUCUAAUAUGAAAGUUGAAAAUGAUGACACUACAAUAAAACGGGAGAGGGAAAUUGAUUUGAAUUUACAAGUUCCUCUUGAUGAAUCGGAACCAAUUUUGAAGAAACCAAAAAUUGAAGAUGCAGCAUUCCCUAUUAGUGAAUCCAGUACUGCAGAUAUAGAGGUCUGUAUGAAGGUUGAUGAAGAAGGUCUGAUUGUAAUGCCAGGUUCAACUGGAGAAGUUGAUAUUAAUUUUAUGAAGGUGGAAUCUCAAUCUGUUAUUAAUGAUGCUACUGAGGUGAAGGAAUCUACAGAAGACAAUGAAUCAUUGGAGAAGAUGAAUAUAUUGAAGAAUCUUACUCAAAACUCUGGACUCUUGAACUUUGUUAAAGAUGCCAGGAAUUCAUGGCUGAGAAAUUGUGAAUUUCUGCAAGAUUGUGCAAUUCGUUUCUUGUGUGUGUUGUCAUUGGACAGGUUUGGUGAUUAUGUCUCUGAUCAAGUUGUCGCGCCAGUUAGGGAAACUUGUGCUCAGGCUUUAGGUGCUGUGCUCAAAUACAUGCCUCCAACAUUAGUUAGAGAAACACUGAACAUUUUAUUGCAAAUGCAGCGUAGACCAGAGUGGGAGAUUCGUCAUGGGAGUCUUUUGGGCAUUAAAUAUUUAGUUGCAGUUCGACAGGAGUUGCUACAUGAUUUACUGGGGUCUGUUCUUCCUGCUUGUAGAACUGGGCUUGAAGAUCCUGAUGAUGAUGUGAGAGCUGUUGCAGCAGAGGCUCUAAUACCAACUUCUGCUGCUCUUGCUUCGAUCAAGGGCCCAGUAUUGCAUUGUAUUAUUAUGCUGCUAUGGGACAUAUUGCUUGACCUGGAUGAUUUGAGUCCUUCGACUAGCAGUGUAAUGAAUCUAUUAGCAGAAAUUUAUUCUCAGGAGGAGAUGAUUCCAAAGACUUUUGGUACGUUGGGCUCUAAAGAGAAACCAGAGCUUGACCUAAAUGAAAUUGAUCUGACAGAUGAUCUAGAAGAAGGAAUGGGUUCUCUAGAGAACCCUUAUAUGCUAUCAACUCUGGCUCCACGGUUAUGGCCCUUUAUGAGGCACAGCAUCACUUCUGUUCGCUUAUCAGCCAUCCGUACCCUGGAACGCUUGCUUGAAGCUGGCUAUAGGAGGAGCAUUACUGAUGAGUCUAGCUCAAUUUGGCCUUCUUUCAUAGUUGGUGAUACCCUUAGGAUUGUUUUCCAGAACCUGCUUCUUGAAUCAAAUGAGGAGAUUCUACUGUGCUCUGAGAGGGUCUGGAAUCUCUUAACUAAAUGUGCGGUGGAAGACUUAGAAAAUGCUGUCAAAUUGUAUUUCUCUUCAUGGAUUGAGCUUGCUACCACUCCAUAUGGCUCUCUGUUGGAUGCAACGAAAAUGUUCUGGCCUGUAGCUCUGCCGCGUAAAAGCCAUGUCAAAGCUGCAGCUAAAAUUAGAGCAGCAAUGUUGGAGAGUGAAAAUCAGAAAAAUAAGGCCUUAGAAUCCACAGAAAGCAUGUCUUUAGAGAGAAAUGGGGUUGCUUCUGCUGAUUCAACUAAAAUAGUUGUUGGUGCAGAUUUGGAUAUUUCGGUGACUUGUACACGAGUGCUUACAGCAGCAGCUCUCGGUUUAAUGGCUUCUAAGUUAAAUGGUCUGUCUUUGCAGCACAUAUUUGAACCACUUUGGCAGGGGUUGAGUUCAUUAUCAGGAGUUCAGAGGCAGGUGGUUUCUAUGGUCCUUAUAUCUUGGUUCAAAGAAUUAAACGACAUUUCCAAGGCUGAUGAGGUUAUUGCUGGGAUUUCAAGUAAAUUUAGGACGUGUUUACUGGAUUUAUUAACUUGCAGUAACCCAGCAUAUCCUACAAAAGAUUCUCUCCUACCUUAUGCUGAACUCUCUAGAACAUAUAGUAAGAUGCGCAAUGAGGCAAGUCAAUUGUAUACUGCUACAGAAGCAUCUGGCUUGUACAGUGAUAUCUUGUCAUCUAUAGAAGUGGACAUUGAGAGUUUAACUGCAGAUGAUGCUUUGAGUUUUGCAUCAAAACUUGCAUUUACGGGUAAUGGUAUUUCUGAAGUCGAAUCUGAUGGACGGAAUCUAUUUGAGGAGUUGGAGUCUCUAAAGCAGAAACUAUUAACUACUUCUGGAUAUCUCAAAUGUGUCCAGAAUAAUUUGCAUCUCACUGUCUCAGCUUUGCUAGCAGCUGCAGUUGUUUGGAUGUCAGAGCUUCCAGGGAAACUCAAUCCAAUCAUACUGCCUAUAAUGUCUUCCAUCAAAAGAGAACAGGAGGAGAUACUUCAAAAUAAGGCCGCUGAAUCAUUAGCAGAGCUUAUUUAUCACUGCAUCGGACGCAAACCCAGUCCAAAUGACAAGCUAAUUAAGAAUUUAUGUACUUUUGCAUGCAUGGAUCCUUGUGAAACUCCCCAGGCAGUAGCUCUUAGUUCUGUUGGGUCAAUUGAAGACCAUGAUCUAUUAGCCUCUGGGAGUAGUAGUGGUAAGCAUAGAUCAAAAGUUAAUAUGCUCCCUGCUGGGGAAGACCGGUCGAAAGUAGAAGGUUUCAUUAGCAGACGGGGGUCUGAACUUGCAUUGAAAUAUUUAUGCAUAAAGUUUGGUGAUUCUUUGUUUGACAAACUACCUAAGAUCUGGCAUUGCCUUGUUGAGGUCCUCAAACCUUGUAAUCAUGAAUGCCUGACUCCAGAAGAUGAGAAGCUGAUUGAUCAGUCUAUUAAUUCUGUCAACGAUCCUCAGAUUCUGAUUAACAAUAUCCAAGUGGUUCGUUCUAUUGCUCCUUCCCUGGAGGCAACACUCAGGCAGAAAAUGCUAACUCUCUUGCCAUGUAUUUUCAGAUGUGUCAGACAUACUCAUAUUGCUAUAAGAUUAGCUGCUUCAAGAUGUAUCACAGCAAUGGCUAAGUCAAUGACUUUGGAUGUCAUGGGGCCAUUUAUUGAGAAUGUUGUUCCAAUGUUAGGCGAUAUGUCAUCUGUGCAUGCCAGACAAGGGGCUGGCAUGCUUGUUAGUUUGCUAGUACAUGGGUUGGGUUUGGAACUGGUCCCAUAUGCUCCUUUGUUGGUUGUCCCUCUUUUGCGGUGCAUGGGUGACUGUGAUCACUCGGUUAGACAGACUGUAACACAUAGUUUUGCUACCCUGGUGCCACUUCUUCCACUAGCACGUGGUGUGUCUCCACCUGUUGGCUUGACUGACCGUAUGUCUAAAAAUAAGGAGGAUGCACAAUUUCUAGAGCAGCUAGUUGACAAUUCUCAUAUUGAAGACUACAAACUCCCAUUUGAGCUAAAAGUGACCCUUCGGAGGUAUCAACAAGAAGGUAUAAACUGGCUAGCAUUUUUAAGACGGUUCAAUCUUCAUGGAAUCUUAUGUGAUGAUAUGGGCCUCGGUAAGACCCUUCAGUCAUCAGCAAUUGUGGUAUCUGAUAUAGCAGAGCAUGUUGCUGCAAAUAAGGAUGAGGAUUUGCCACCAUCAUUAAUUAUAUGUCCUUCAACCCUUGUCGGACACUGGGUCUACGAGAUAGAGAAGUUUAUUGAUCCGUCUCUUUUGACAACACUUCAAUACAUUGGUUCUGCUCAAGAGCGAUCUUCGCUGCGACCACAAUUUAGCAAGCACAAUGCAAUUGUAACAUCAUAUGAUGUUGUCCGGAAAGAUAUUGAUCAUCUCAAGCAGUUCCUAUGGAAUUAUUGUGUCCUAGAUGAAGGACACAUUAUAAAAAACUCAAAGUCUAAAGUCACAGUUGCUGUGAAACAGAUUAUGGCUAAGCAUCGCCUCAUAUUGAGUGGAACACCUAUCCAGAACAAUGUGUUGGAUCUUUGGUCUCUUUUUGACUUCCUUAUGCCGGGUUUUCUUGGAACGGAAAGACAAUUUCAGGCCACUUAUGGGAAGCCUCUGUUAGCAGCCCGGGACCCCAAAUGUUCAGCAAAAGAUGCAGAAGGAGGGAUACUGGCUAUGGAAGCAUUGCACAAGCAGGUCAUGCCUUUCCUUUUGCGCCGUACAAAAGCAGAAGUCUUAUCUGAUCUGCCAGAGAAGAUUAUUCAGGACAGAUAUUGCGACUUGAGCCCUGUACAACUGAAACUGUAUGAGCAGUUUUCUGGUUCCCAUGUCAGAAAAGAAAUCUCAAAUAUAGUAACAGAAAAUGAAGAUGCAGCACCGGCUCCCAAGGCAUCUUCACAUGUUUUCCAGGCCCUUCAGUAUUUGCUGAAACUUUGUAGUCAUCCGUUACUGGUUGUUGGUGAAAGAAUCCCAGAAUCACUGCUGCCUGUUCUAUCUGAACUUGUUCCUGCAAACUCUGAUAUCGCUUCAGAGCUUCAUAAGCUCUACCAUUCGCCUAAACUUGUUGCUCUCCAGGAGAUAAUGGAAGAGUGUGGAAUAGGAGUUGAUGCAUCCAAUUCCGAGGGUGCAAUUUCUGUUGGUCAGCACAGAGUUCUGAUAUUUGCACAACAUAAAGCUCUUUUGGACAUUAUUGAAAAAGACUUGUUUCAAACGCAUAUGAAAAAUGUUACAUAUUUGCGUUUGGAUGGAUCUGUCGAACCUGAGAAACGCUUUGAAAUUGUCAAAGCUUUCAACUCUGACCCUACAAUUGAUGCUCUACUGCUCACAACACAUGUUGGUGGCCUUGGUUUGAACUUGACAUCCGCUGAUACCCUUGUUUUCAUGGAGCAUGACUGGAAUCCCAUGAGAGAUCACCAGGCAAUGGACAGAGCUCACAGGUUAGGCCAGCGGAAAGUUGUGAAUGUCCACCGUCUUAUCAUGCGAGGCACCUUAGAGGAGAAGGUGAUGAGUCUCCAAAAGUUCAAAGUGUCAGUAGCUAAUACUGUGAUAAAUGCAGAUAACGCCAGCAUGAACACAAUGAACACAGAUCAGUUACUUGAUCUAUUCACUUCAGCCGAAGGCCAAAAGGGAACACGAGCCUCUAAAUCAUCAAAGGCAGGUGCCGAUGAAGCAAAAAUGCCCGGCAGGGGCAAGGGACUAAAGUCAAUUCUUGGCGGGCUAGAAGAACUGUGGGACCAAUCACAAUACACUGAAGAAUACAAUCUGAACCAAUUUUUGGCAAAGCUAAAUGGCUGAGUGGAACACAGGGAGUGAAGGAGUAUCGUCAUCCUGACUCACGCGGCAGCAGAAUAAGCUGUGCAGGAUGUACAAAGUGUGAAUUCUAUAAGCGCAGCAGCAGCUUCAGUUUUGACAUUUAGGUUAUAGAUGCAUCAUCUCUUUUCUUUUCUUUUCUUUUUGAAGUCAAUUAUUUGUAGUUUAUUUUAGUGCUUGCUGUGGGGAAAAGCCAUGAAGUAGAGUUUAGGUUGGGCUUUGUUGCCACCAUAAGCCAAUGCAGAUAUAGCUCAGGGGCCCUACGCUACCACAUUCUGUAAAUUUUGGAUUCUGUAAAUACAUUCAGAUUAUCCUAAUUUACGCCUCUUUUCCCAAA